AUGCGCAGCCAAACACUUCGAGACCGAGAUGACAACCAGAGCGUUGAUUCGGGCGAUGAUGAUGGCUUCCCUUGCAUCAAUGACGCCGACACAGGCUUCGACCGAGCAAUUUCCACAGGAAGCGCAAUUUCGUUUUCCAGGAGGGGUGAAAUCAUUGAGGUAGAGCCCGAAGAUCACCACGCCAUGCGAAACCUGGCAAUUUCUGCUGGUUAUUUCCAGCGAGCCGGCUCAGACAGUGCUGAAGUGGCGGCGAUGGGCCGUGGUAAAUCUGGCUUAUCAGUCCAUCGUGCAUAUGGUUGCGCCAAAAAGUUGGUUCGCAAUCGGUAUUUUGCGCACUUCAUGGUCGUGGUGGUCUUGUUUGAUGCCUUCCUUACUGCCAGUGAUAUAGACUCGCGGGCCGCGGGCGCACAGACUCCAGUUGCUGUGAUUGCAGCGUCAUCCGCGUGCUUGGCACUGUACACCCUGGAAUUUCUUCUGCAGCUGGCUGCACGAGGCAAACGAAUUUUCCACGAUUGGAUGACGAAGCUGGAUUUGCUCAUCAUCGGAUCUGGCUAUGCCGAGAUAUUCCUGGGGAUGAUGGUAGAGUUAGCCAUUUUGGAUAAGAUAGGGAUUGUCCGCGUCCUGAGAUUGGGUCGGAUCGUCCGCUUGAUGCAAUUACUGCGCAAAAACCGCUCACUUAAAGAGCUGCGGAAACUGGUCACAAUGUUGGCCACAUGUUUCAGGACUCUGCUUUGGUCGUUCUUGUUUUGCUUUUUGGUCAUGACCGGCUGGGCGAUGCUGAUCGUGGAGAUCAUCAAUCCCUAUGUCAUAGAGAUGCAAGCAUCCGCUCCGUUCGACAAUUGCCCGGAAUGCAUCCGAGCAACCUCGUCAGUCAUGCAUGCAAAUUUGAUGCUGUUCAAGACGGUGAUCGCAGGGGAUAGUUGGGGACUCAUUGCUGUACCCAUGAUUGAACGACACCCGGAGACUGCAAUCAUAUUUGUGGGCGCAUCUCUGACUCUAGUCUUUGGCGUCCUCAACUUAAUCGUUGCGGUUGUGGUUGAUACCUUCGCCGAAACACGAGAGAACGAUGUGGUCAAUCUGGCACAAGAGAUGGAAUUCAGCAUGGAGGAUGACCAACAACUGCUGAAGCAAAUUUUCAGCAGGAUUGACACGAACAAGGAUGGCGAGCUCACACUGGAAGAGCUCUUGCAUGGAGCGCGGACCGAUUCAGAGUUUCAGAGCAGGUUGCGAGUUAUGGACAUCGACGAGGUGGACUUGCAGCAAUUCUUUGACAUGAUCGACCUCGAUGGUUCUGGUUCCAUCGAGGCUGAUGAGUUCGUGAUUCCUUUGAGCCGCUGGGUACAUGAUUCAAAGACGGCGCCUCGAUUCAUCAAGUACAACUUGAUGCGGGCCAUGGCGCAGCAGGAAGAGCUGCUCAAGUAUUCUCACCAACACUUUGCUGCCAUUUCGGAGCACCUGCAGGACAUUUCGGUGGCUCUGGACCGGCACGGCAGCAGAACACACCGGCGCCCGUCAGCGGACAUGAAGCCAAAGCGCGGUUCGGCAUCCAAGUCUCCCACCGAAAAGCGCGUCUCUUGGGAGUCAGAAGCAGCAGAGGCUUCAAAGAAAGAGCCUAAGGCUCACGACACCGUGCGGGUGGAACAGACGCAUGUCGCGGCCAUCAAGAGCCAGCUUGACAAAUUUAAGACGGAUGUGGAAUUUUCACUACAGGCAGCUGUAAGGGCACUGGAUGAAUGCAUCCAGGAG